AAUGGGAAAAAGACAAAAAAUUAGAACAGGCGCUGGUGAUCUUGUCACAACUCCUGGACCUCUUCAUAAACAAAUUGAAAGAUCAAAACUAGCCAAGCCGAAAUUCAAGCCUUUAAAACGUUCAAGAGAAGAACAAAAAGAUGAAAUUGAACUUGUCGAUCCAUCUUUAAAGGGCAAAAUUAUUAUUAAAGCAAACAAAAAAUUGGAAAAAGAUGUUGUGUUCAAUGAGGAUGGUGAAUCUGAUAAUUCUGAAGAGAUUGAGGAAGAAGAAGACGACAAUGAUGAAAAGUUGGAUGUUGAUCAAUUAGUAUCGAAGCAUUUGGAAGAUUUAGAUGAAUUAAAAUUGGAUGAUGUUGUUGAAAAUGCUCGAAAGAAAAAACGAAAUUUUGAUAAAAAUAACAAAGAAAGUGUUAUAAAUAAGGCUGAGUUUGCCGAUAUCGACCCAAAAAUUGUUGAUCUUUUUAUGGAAAUUGGCCAAGUUUUAAAGAAAUAUAGAAGUGGACGUAUUCCCAAAGCUUUUAAAAUUAUUCCAACUUUGGUUAAUUGGGAGAAAAUUAUUGAAUUAACUCGCCCAGAUGAUUGGUCGGCAGCCUCAAUGUUACAUGCUACCAAAAUAUUUGCUUCAACUGCUACUCCUGCUCAAUGCCAAAGGUUUUAUAAUUUGAUUUUGUUGCCUCGUAUUCGAGAUGAUAUUGACGGAUUAAAAAAAUUACAUUUCCAUAUGUACCAGUGCUUAUUUAAAGCAUUGUUCAAACCAGCUGCGUUCUUUAAAGGAAUCCUUUUGCCGCUUUGCAAGUCGAAUAAUUUUUCUCUUCGAGAAGCUGUUGUCCUUGCUUCGAUGCUUCGAAAAGGUUUUUUUAAUUAUAGUAGUAAAAUAUUUCAUUUUUCAGCCUCCAUCCCUCAAUUACACGCAGCCGCAGCAUUGUUGAGUAUUUCUUGUUUGGAAUAUACUUCUUCAAGGGCUUAUAUCCUUCAAGCAUUGAUUGAAAAGAAUUAUGCAUUGCCUUUAAGAGUUUUGGAGGGAAUUGUUUCUCAUUUUCUUAGAAUGAAAAAUAAUAAAGAAAUAAAUUUAACAGUUAGUUGGCAUUCUUGUCUUAUUUCUUUUGUUCAACAUUAUUCUAAUACUUUAAAUAAUGAACAAAGAAAUGAACUUAUUGGACUUAUUCAUUCUCAUCACAAAAUUACUCCAGAAAUAUUAAAAAUAUUGCGAAAUAAUGAAUCAGAAGGUGGAGAAAAGAAAAUUGUUCCUGACUUUGGAGAAGAUGAAUUGGAUGAUGAAAUGGAUAUUUAA